AUGGACGAAAGUUCAUGCAUUAUUCAUUUCACGGGAAAAGGCGGGCAAAUAAAAUCUUUAACCACUGAAACAUUAACGAAAAUAAUCGAACGAAGAAAACAGUGGCUGAAUCUCCCUGAAAAAUACGGAGAAUUCAGCGAUGUUGCGGAGAAAACGUACGCUCAUAUCCCUGCCAACAAAGAUGAGGUAUGUGAACAUGACGAAAAACUUGGUUAUCAUGUUUCUUGCUAUCGAAAUUUUACCGACAAAACCAAGCUUGAGAGAGCGGAAUCAACGCUCGCGAAUUUAAAGAGAAAGAAAGACGAAUGUGAAAACCAAGACGAUGAUCCUGUUCCCCAGAAAAGGACACCGACAAGGCAGUCGUCCCGAAUUCAAAAACAAAGCUGUUCCCCUACCAUAUCUAUUUCUGUUCGUGGAAAUAUUCUACCGAAAAGGUGCUUGGUUUGUAAAAAAGCAAAACCUAUUAGUGUAUUUGAAACGGUGAGUAUAGUGAAACAUUGUUUUUAUUUAUUACUUCAAAUAUAAGAGAGGUGAUCUGAGAUUGUUCUUAUUAUAAAGCCCGAAUCAAGUGAGAGCGGAGGAUCGCAAGUUGGCAGUCAAGAUUUACUAUCGUAACAGUCGUUUUAGCAUUAACAAAAUAACUGCUUCGUGAUUUCCAACUAGCGUGAUUGCCAACUUGCGUUCUCGUUUGAUUCAGGCUCUAAUUAUAGUUUCCAUUUUUGUAGCACUCGCGAAAGUAUAAAAAACAGUUCCUAUCAUUGGCACAAACAAUUACGGCAGGAGCAUGCACUACAAGAAGCAGCCAAACUACAUAAUGACACUGAUUUGCUUUGUGAAAUUGCAGGGAAAGACUGUGUUGCAAUUGAAGCACGGUAUCAUAAAAAGUGCUAUUUACAGUAUACAAAGAUUUUAACGCGCAAGAUCAAACCUAUUGGUGCAACAGUUUAUGACAAUGCGUUUGACAUUUUUUGUGCUGAAAUUAUUGAAGAAAGAAUUGUUGGUAACAAGGAAAUACUUCUUCUCAGCUAUUUGCUGGUGGAAUUUAUUAAGAUUGUCAAAAAAUUGAAUGGAGAAACUAUUGUGUACCAAUCAACUAGGUUGAAGAAUAGGAUCCAAGCGCGUUAUCCAAAUAUUGUCUUCCAUUCAUCAAAGAUGAUGAACAAAGGUAUUCUCAAUCCUGUAGCCAAAUUCAGCUGACAACAUAAACAAAUCCCUCAUUAUUUUGUUUUUUCUUGAUCCCUGUAUUGGGUUUUGGAGAUGUAUAUUUUUCAGUUUUGUUUUUUAAAGGUAUCCUUGUGUAUGCAGAUUGCGUUGUUACAGGAGAUGUAGCUGAUGAAGUGAUGGAUACAAGUAAAGAUGAAGACAGAGAUGAAGAGGAUGAAAAUAGUGAUGAAGGCUGCCGCAUGAGUACAAAUUAUGACCCAGAUGAGAUGUUUGAUUGCCCUUUGUCUCAGUUGUUUUAUGUUGCAAUGAACUUAAAAAAUCUUCUUAAUGAUAAUAAAGGGAUGAGUGUAGUUUGGCCACCCGACUCGCAUGACCUAUCAAUGGAAGAAGCAACCAAAUCAAUCCCCUCUAGAUUGUUUAAUUUUAUUGCUUGGAUGUUAGGAUUUUCAGUUGAACCAGUUGAAGAGAGUAAGGUAUCCAUAAGUGAUAGCGAAACUUGUAAGGUUGUUUCGAUUGCACAAGAUCUCGUUUAUAUAGCGUCAAAAGGAAAAAAGUUUACGCACAAGUCACUAGCACUCGCAAUGGCCACUCGCCACAUUACUGGUUCUGUUAAGCUUGUUAAGAUUCUCCAUGGUUUAGGGCAUUGUGUUUCUCCAGCAACAGUAUAUAAACAUGACUCAGCGUUAGCUUUAAGUUGUAAUAAUACUGAUCAGGAUUUAAUUAUUCCCAGGAAUAUAAAUCCAGGAUCAUUUUCAACCAUAAUAUGGGACAACAAUGAUUUUAAUGAGGAGACAGUAUCGGGAAAAGGAACUACUCAUGUUGCCAAUGGUAUAAUUGUGCAAACAAAAUCCAAUGACACACCAUUAUUACCGAAAAUAGAAGUUAGCAAAACAGUACGCACUAUCAAACCUCCAGAGACAGAUAUUCUUCCUUAUUUGUUGGUCAAGAAAGGACUGCCGUCUUUAUUCAGUCACAAAGACGAAUUAGUCUUGGAUAAUAAGAGUCAUCGCCAACAUCAGAGUGAUGGAAGAAUAUUUGAUUUUGCAUAUAUUUUGUCCAAAUUACACCCUGCACCCAAUGGAGUAAUCUUACCAAGCUGGACAGCGUUCAACACCAAGACAAAUCCGACUAUACCAACGCAGUCAACUAUUGGAUAUUUACCUGUUAUUGAUGCCUCCGUGACAGAUUUAGCAACCGUUAACACCAUUUUGGGACGGAGUGUCUUAAUUUGCAAAGAACUGCAGCAACCACAGAUUGUGCUGGUGUUCGACGAGGCAAUAUACGCGAAAGCACAAAUGAUUCGAUGGAAUCAUGAAGAAUACCUCAAUAAGACUGUCAUUAGAUUAGGUGAUUUCCACACUGUGAUGUCGUAUUGUACUGGAAUAUCCAAAAUUUUCAAGGAUGCAGGCUUAACGGUAUAUAAUUACAUAAUAUAGUGACAGAUUUAUAUUAAAUAUCUUGCUGUAGAUUGUUGACAGUACAUUUGACUAUAUUCAUGAUGUCUUGUAUUUAACCUAGGACAUUUUCAUUGAAUCUGGAAUUGUUGCUCCUGGAUCCAUUACUGGUGUUCUUUCUGGGAAGCACUAUAACCGCUGUGUCAGAGCACAUAAGUUGGUUUACGAGGCAUUACAACGAAUGAGAUUCCAAACAUACAUUAAUUCAUUAUCUGAAUCCGAAUCCGAAGAAUUUUUUUCCCAUUGUCAGCUUCUCACAGAGUGUUUUGAAAAUGAUACGUUCAAAGAGUUUUGCCUCGAAACCAAUACAUUAGACGAGUUAUACUGCAACUUUGAUGAAUUUAACAAAAAAUGUUGCCAAGAAAAUCCAACAUUUGCGUUCUGGUCGGUAUACAUUGAAAUGGUUCAAGUACUUUUGUUAUACAUCAGAGCAACUAGAACAUCCGACUGGGCCUUGCAUCUUUCUGCUCUAAGAUCUAUGAUCCCUUGGUUUUUUGCUACCGACCGCAUCAAUUACGCACGAUACUCCCCCUGCUACUGGUUAGAAAUGUCUUGUCUGGACGAAACACACCCGUGUAAGUGUAUUGCUGGCAAUAAAUGAAAAGUUAGAAUAAUGAGUUAGGCAGUUACUUUACCUUACCAAACAUUGAUCAGGACAAGUUGUUAUCCAGUGUAGGUAAUGCAUGUUGUAUACCCAAAUUAUCAAUUACUUUAUUCUUCAACUUUUUAGAUGUUUCGUUCAACAUUGCAACGAACUGGACUGUACAGAGACAGUCAAACUAUGGAUUUUCAAGUGUCGCAUGUGACCAAACUAUAGAACAAACGCUAAAUCGCGACUCUAAAGUGAAAGGUGGGCUAGUAGGCAUUACUCUUAACCGUGGGGCUAUGCAUCGAUGGAUACUAGGACAAGCAGAACGAGCAGCAAUCAUGCGUCAAUGUGAAUUAAUGGCAAAUGUAUCUGAUAUCCCCAGGUGAAUAUAAUGCAUGAACAUAAAAAAAUUUACAAUAUAUUAUGCAUUCAUACGAACAGAGAAUGAAUAAAUUAAACUUGCAUGUUCAUUCACAUUUCAGAGAUAGAAAGGACUUGGACAAGACAAGGAUAAAAUCUGACGAAGAUGCAGUAGUAGAAGUUAUUCACACAAUCGACGCUUUUGUUAAUCCCUUUGAAAAUGAUCAUACCGAACUCGUCCAUCUCGCAAGUGGAAAAGUAGCCACAAAUGCUGUUGCAUCAGACAUGACAAACAUGUUCGAAAGAGGCGAAAAAGCUGCCUUGGAUUUCAUGAACACGAAAGUUCUAUGUAGCAAGCCUGAUAUAUACGCUGCAAUUAAGAAAACUAAUCUGAAGACUUUUUCUCAAAUGAGCACAAAGGUGAACAGCAAAAAUAGGAAAGGAGACGUUGUAGCAGUAAGAAUUCAAAAAAGCUGUUUGCCAAAAUGUUGCUCAUCGCCAGAAGCAGAGACGUAGAUAUAAAAGAGGUUCUUCAAUACUCAUUAAGACCAUUCCCACUUCCUUUGGCUACAUCUGAUGGCAAUCUUGUAAAAACUGCGAAGUCAAAACUAUUACAUCUUAUCGAGAACAGGACUACUGAUCACUUAGUUGAUAGAAUUGAAGGCGAUAAAGUUCUUAUACUGGAUGCUAUGGCAAUACUUCAAACCAUCAAAAUUAUCCCAUCUACAUUUGGUGAGCUUGCCCAUAAACUACUUGUCAUGGUUGUGGAACUAGCCGUGAAGUCGAAAGCGAAAAGAGUUGAUUUUGUAUGCGAUCGUUAUCCUGCCCAGAGCAUAAAAGACUUUGAAAGGGCAAUACGUGGUGAAAGAGGGACGCAGCUGAUUAAAAUCUACAGUUCCCUCCAGAAAGUUCCUCGCCAAUGGAAGAAAUUUAUAACGGCUGGAGAAAACAAGGAAGAACUGAUAAAAUUUCUUUUUAAAUCCUGGAGUGAAGAGUGUGAUCCACAGCUGCUGCGAGGUGUGGAAGUUUUUAUCGCACACGAAAGCCAGUGCCAUCAGCUUGUUGCCUUGACAAAUACAAUCGCAUGCCACGAAGUAGAAGAUCUUGCCUGUGACCACGAGGAGGCGGACACGAGAAUGCUCGCUCACGCAAAGAGUGCGUCCGCAGAGUAUUCCAGUAUCAUUAUUAAAAGUCCGGAUACGGACGUAUUUAUCAUAGCCGUAAAUGCUAGCUUGUCAAUUCGUGCUGAUUUAUAUUUCGAGACGGGGACGAAAGAUAAAAGGCGGAUAAUAUCAAUUAGUAAAGUUAAAGAGAAUUUGGGAGAUCUGUGGAGUGCAGCAUUAAUUGGUUUUCAUUCUUUUACAGGUAACACUUUUAAUUUUAAAUUUGCUGCUCAACCAUUUUCCGAAUGAAAAAUUAAUUAAUUAAUAUCCUUCUUUAAGGUUGCGAUACCACAAGCGCAUUCUUUGGAAAAGGAAAGUCUUCAGCGCUUAAAAUUGCGAUGGAAAGCGAAGAGUACGCUCUGGCAUUUUCAAACCUUGGAAAUGAAUUGGAUGUACCAAGUUCUAUGAAAGCUGUCUUAAAAACGUUUGUGUGCCAUUUGUACGGCGCUGAAAAUCAGAGUGAUGUCAAUCUCGUUCGUUACUUACUGUUUAAAGGAGGAAAAUUUGACGAGGAAUUAUUACCACCAAACGAGGAUUCUUUGGAGCAGCAUGUGAAGCGAGCGAAUUUCCAGUGUUUUAUUUGGAGGCGUGCAACUAACUCCAUGAUGGUUGCACCCAGUUUCUCUGGACACGGAUGGGAGAUCGAUAACAUUGGACACGUACACAUAACAUGGAUGACUUUGCCUCCAGCACCUGACUCCGUACUGGACUUUGCUAACUGUAAGUGUAAGACCGGUUGCAUCAAUAACCGUUGCUCUUGUAAAAAAGCUAACUUGAAAUGUUCCGAGCUUUGUAACUGUAGUAAUUGCCAGAAUGGUGCCAAUGGACAUACGGACACAAUUGAGGAUGUUGAUUCUGACGACACAUAUAAUCCAGUUGAUAGCGAUAGCGAUAGCAGUGUAACUGAGUUCUAA